CAUUGGGCAGGAGAAAGACUUAUCCCCACUCAUGGAUAAUUAAUGGUCUCUAGUUGUCAUUUUUCAGAAACCUGCAGCAAGUCCAGAUUUCAAAACUUCACAACAGAGAUUGAAACAGAGGACGACUCUACUUACGUUGAACCGAUCUCUUCACAUCAUUACCACAAUUGGCAACCAAGUGAAAGCGACAGUGGUAGUAGUGAAGAAGAAUCUAUUUACAUCAAUACAGAACAAUAUAGCAGCUAUGCGCAUGCGAGCUGAGAUGUGGAAGAGGAAACCACACAGAGAAAACACCUCAACCAAACAAAAACACUCAUCCCUGAGAAAAGCAUCAAGUGUUAUGUCCUGCCCUAAAACUAUCCUCGGAAUUCCCACCAUCAUUUGAUGGAGACUUAACGACUACAACUGAGUCCAAAAUUCCUGUUGCUUAGCAAGGCAGUUGAAUUUUAACUUUCUUGCCAGUUUUUAAAUGAAACACUGUAAUUGUUAAGUUAGUAACGUGGUUGUUAAGUGAAUCCGGUUUCCUCACUGAC